AUGGCAAACAUUGAUAGUCUUAAUCUAGUUGAUUUAAUAGGUAGAGUCACCGAUGUUGAGUUUUCUGGUGGACAAGAUAAUGUUCUGCUGCAGAUGGAGAUUUGUGAUAGAAUUAAGGCCUCUCACAAGGAGUGUAAAUUGGCUUGUGAACUUAUGCUAAAAAAUCUGAAAGUGAAAAAUUUUAGAAAAAUCAAAUUAACUCUUGAACUAAUAGAAAUCUGCUCUAAAAAUGGCAAUUUACAGUUUCAUAAGCUACUCUCUGGCAAAGAGUUCUCAGAUCAAUUCUUGCUGAUUCUGAAAAAGAAAAGAACAAAAGGGGGAGUUCUGAAGAAAAUUGAGUCUAAGCAAAACAGAUUGAUAAGAGAGUAAACAGAGGAUUAGCUUCUAUAUUUGAUUUAGCUGUGGGCGGAUACGUUCAUGAUGAAAGAGGAUCAUUUCCCUGGAUUUCAACUAACUUAUCGCUAGUUGAGGAAAGAAGGUGUUUCAUUCCCUAUGAGAGAUCCAAAUGUCAGGAUGUUAAUGAGCAGUUUAGGAGUAGAUUCACCCAUGUUUGAUUUUGUAGAAUAAAUUUCAGGGAGACCUACUUCAUUGUCAAUGCCACCUUAGCAACAAAGAUCAAAGCAAAGGCAAGAUUUGGAGAAAUAACAGAAAAAUUUGCAGGAAAAAGAUGCUAUUGAAGAAGUUGAGAGAAUGGAGUUCGAAGAUAAUGAAGAUGAUUAUCAAUUAGCAAGAUCUAAAGUUGAUCCAUCUGAGUAUGAAAUCAUCAAAAGUAGCUUGCAAUUGCUAGAGGAUAUUUAAAAUACUGCAGAAUCAUUAGAUGAAUUGAAGAGUGAGGUCGCUACAGAUAUAUAUUAAACAUGCUUGAUGAUGAGGCGAAGAGUGGCUAGGAUAGUUUAAGCUAAAUCAUUCACUAAUACAGAUAUCGAGAGUGUCGCUGAAUUACUUGACAUUAUCGACUAUAUUGAUAAGAAACUUGAAUCUUACAAGAAGAAGUAUCUUAAGUAUAAGUCUAAGAAACUAAGAGAAAUUGAGAAAAAGAAGUAGAAAAUUUAAUAAGAAGAGUCUAAGAGUGAUGAUGAAGAUGAUGAUAAAAAGAAGAAAAAGGCUAAGAAAAAUAAAAGAGAGAAGAAAGUUAAACAAAAUCAGAAUACUGAUUUACUUGAUUUAGGAGGUGGUUAAUAAUUGCAGCUAGAUGAAUCUGAGGGAAGUGAGUCAGAGGGCAGUGAAGAAGAAAAGAACUAAAAGGAGGAAUAAAAAAAGGAAACUGGAUUUAAAAAAUUAGCCGCGCCACCCACAAGUAAAUCCCAUGUGAUAUCAAACUUAUAAAAACUAAAAGAGAAGUUAUAAAAAGAUUAAAACUUGGAACCAGCAGCGAGUUAAAAGAAUGAAGAUAAGGAGACUAAUAAUGUAAUGGAUAUGCUUAUUGAUUUAGAUAUAAAGAGCGAUCCCUAAUCUAUACAACCUUAGUAGAAUCAGUUCAAAUUAGCUUCAGGACUUGAUGAUUUAUUUAGUAUUGUUCCGACCACAACACAAGGUCUUAACAUGACACCAGGAAUGAAUCAACAACAAACUCCAACUCCAGGAUUUGUCCCAAUGUAUCAUCAAUCAAACCUUCAAAAGCAAUAUUAAGCAUAAGUUAUAGGUAAUCCAGUUCUAAAUCAAAUGCUACAAAAACAAUAGCAGAAUCAAUUCUAGAACCCACAGCUAUAAUAAUAGUUACCUCUUUACAAUAAUUAGCAACUGAAUUAAAAUAUACCUCCUCAAAAUAAUGUAUUUAUCUAACAACAGGCACAAUAAAUUGAAAUGAUUAAGUCUCAACCUAACAGCAAUCAGUAAAUUGUUAAUAACAGUACAGGUCAAGCAAAUGGAGGUGGUAAUGAUGAAGAUUUUUUCGCAAAUCUAGCUCAUAGAUGA